AGGUUCGUAUAUAGUAGUCUUUCCUAGCCUGAGCUUCUCAAGAUGUGUUUGAUUAUUAUUUACACUUCAGUCGCUUGAAGACAUGCAGACUUCAACUCCCAGAAUUCCCCAGCCAACAAUGCAGGAAUGCAGCCAGCAUCCUAGGAAUGCAGGGAAUAGUAGUUUGCUAUACCUGAAGAGUAUCAGAUUGGCAAAAGUUAGAGGGCUGCCUGUUGUCUUCCUGACAAAAAAAAUAAAGCAAUAACCCAAAUUCAAAUUUUCACCAUCUCUUGAUUAUUCCUUAUCACAAUUUUCUUGUCUUCUCUUUAUUCUGAACUAGUUCAGAUGAAUUAUGCAUGACUGGAAGUUUAUAGUGUUAGCCAGUGUCUAUACAUAUUAGUUUGGAAGUCAGAUCACUGGGACAUUUGGGAAGGGGAUAGUCUAUUUAACCACACAUCUCUAGGCUGCCAUGAGUACACAAAUAUCUCUGUUCCCAGACCUGUUUCUGAGACACAACAUUUCUCACCAGCUUUAUCAGAAUAUAUUUAAAGUUUAAAGAAUAUGAGCCUGGAUAGGUUUAUUUAGGAUGGCAGAAGAUUGUCAAAUUAGCUCCUCUAGAGAAGUGAGUAAGAUACUAGACAAAAUCAUUUAGUUUUCUUGUUAAAAAUAGCUUUCUUCUUGGGUUUUUUUAAAAAACUCUUUAGUCUGGUCUACACCCUUGAGAUUUCCUUUUCCUCAGAGAGAUACUGCCCAGUCCAACCCUGCUUAGCUUUUCUUAGAUAGCAGAUGGCAGAACCUAGUCCAAUUCAGCUAUGACAAAUUAGAUCAUAAAUGUGAGCUUUUUAAAAGCAUCCAUACACAUUGCUUAAAUAAAUUUGUAGCUUUUGUUCAUGGUGGAAUCACACAAAUGUCAUCUAUCAUUUUGGGAGUCAUGCUACUACAAAGUUUAAGAAUUGCUGGUUAUUAUUAGAUUUCAUAUCCUUUAGUCUUCAUUUUUACAAGUCAUCAAUGUGGUGUGUAUAAUGUUCUGUCUGCUUUUUUUCCGUACAACAAUCCUGGAGGUAGGCUGAGUUGAGAGAGAGUAAUAACUGUGUUAAAGACAUCCAGCAGACUUCCAUGCUGAAAGGUUUGGAAAUUCUGGUGUCUCGGUUUCUAGUUCAGCAUCUUAACUACUAUAAUAAAUUGACUCUCAUGAAGUGUGCACACGUACAUUAAAAUGUCUUCUUCCUGUCCUGCUAGCUUGGGAGUCUCAAUGCUGGAAAAAAAUCCACAAAAUAAAUUCUAAGAUGACAUUGUAUAAAUAAGGUCUGUGUUCUACAUACACCUGAAAAAAGAUUCUAUUGUGGGAUGUAAUUAAUUUAAUCUCAUUGAUUUAAUAUUUAAUUCAUUUCUGUUCCAAUCAAAUUUGUGCAGGCUAAAAUAUUUGUAGUAGUAAAGCAGUGAUCCAAAGGUGGAAUGACAAAGGGAGAAAGGAUUAUUUUUUAACUUUCAUGUUUACUUUAAAUACAAGUAUUUAACUAAUGGAUUAAGUUGGUGGAAGAAUAAACCACAGGAAUGACUUUUCAAAGGCUUAGGACAUAUAAGCUAGUUCAAAUAAUUUAUCUUCUUAAGAAGUUACCAUCCUUUUUCUAAAAAUCCAUCAUGAAACAUGUAGCAAGGCAUAUGGAUCUUAUUAGAAACAUUUGGAUUUUAGAGAGAAUAGAUCUUCGAAGAGGAGAUGGAAUUCUUUCAAAUGAGAAUAAAAAUUAAAAUAUUUAUAUUCUCCUUUUAGAAUACUAUUUAGAAGAGGAUUUAUUUAGAAGAAUAUUAUUUUGAUCAGUUUUCAUCUAGCUGAUUUCAGAAAGCAUCAGUUUGAGUAAGCUGCCAAAUAUUUUACAUCUUUUAAAGGGUCUUCAUAUUGUUGUUUAUAUUUUAUUGUUGUACUAUUCUUGUUGGGAUGAAUUAUAUUUGUUUCACACAUGUUUGUUCUAAUCCAAUUCAUUGAAUAAGCCAGAGUAUCUUGGUUAAUACAACAUUAUCAAAAAUCGUGGUUUACAAACCACAGUGGUUUGGCCCAUUUGUUACAUUAUGCUGGAAAAAACAUAUAGUGGCUUAACAUUAUAUGAGCACAGCCUAUAGCAAUUAAAUCUGCUUCACUUUUUUCUUCCUUGAAAGGAGGACAAAAUCUGCAGAAAUAUUAAAUCUAUCACCAAAAUGAGCCGAGGUGGCGCAGCAGUUAGAGUGCAGUACUGCAGGCCACUUUAGCUGACUGUGUUCAGCAGGUCAGCGGUUCAAAUCUCACCGGCUCAAGGUUGACUCAGCCUUCCAUCCUUCCGAGCUUCCUGCAGUCCAAGGGAUUCUUCCUCUCUCAUCCAGGUGAACGUCAAUCCAGCAUCCACCCAGCACCAUUAAUAACUUGCCCUGCUGAUUUGUUUGUAUGCAUCUGGAAAGUCAACUAUAUCUUGUGGUUUCCCCAAAUGAUGCUCUAAGGAUUAUGGACCAAAGCACUGCCAUGAAGGGUACAAGUCAACCUUCCCUCUUCUGGAUACGUCACCAUAAUUUAGCUAAGGGCCAUGAAUCAUGACACCAUCUUAUUUAUUAAAAUGCCUUGAAGUCUCUUUCUGCUGAAGUGAUGGUUUUUCCUGCAACGCUGACACCAGCUCAUCCUGUGUCAUUAAAUGCAACUUUUAUUGUCUAUGAACAUGCACAUGCCAAUAUUACCACUCCGUUGAUCUUGGUUCAUAAGGGCACAGCUCAGCUCCUGAAAUACCAUUUAGGUGCCAUGGUUACUACUGAGAUAGCUCCUUUGACAAUCAAUAGUACACCUGCCCUCCUGUUACAAGGCUUCACAAGCUUGAAUCUACCACUCCAGAUCAUUCUUUCUGCUGCCAUGAUAUUUAUUUUCCUUAUUUCUUUUGUUGGUAAUCUUGUCGUCUGCCUUAUGGUGUAUCAGAAGACUGCAAUGCGAUCUGCAAUUAACAUUCUUCUAGCUAGCUUGGCUUUUGCAGACAUGCUGCUAGCUGUGCUGAACAUGCCUUUUGCUCUGAUAACCAUCAUCACUACCCAGUGGAUUUUUGGGGAUGUCUUCUGCAGAGUCUCCGCCAUGUUCUUCUGGCUGUUUGUCAUCGAAGGAAUUGCCAUACUACUCAUCAUCAGCAUUGACAGAUUUCUUAUAAUAGUUCAAAGGCAGGACAAGCUGAAUCCUCGCCGAGCAAAAGUCCUCAUCGCUGCUUCAUGGCUCGUGGCCUUUGUUGUGGCUUUUCCACUCUCUGUGGGGAACCCCAGCCUACAGAUACCUUCCAAAGCACCUCAGUGUGUAUUUGGCUACACAACAGACCCUGGUUACCGCGCCUAUGUAGUGGUGGUGGUUUUGGUCUCCUUUUUCAUUCCAUUCCUCAUAAUGUUAUAUUCUUUUAUGGGCAUCCUCAAUACUGUACGGCACAAUGCGGUUCGUAUCCAUAGCCACCCGGAUAGCAUAUGCCUCAGUCAAGCUAGCAAGCUUGGUCUCAUGAGCCUUCAGAGACCCUUUCAGAUGAAUAUUGAUAUGAGCUUUAAAACUCGUGCCUUCACCACUAUAUUGAUUUUGUUCAUUGUCUUCAUAAUUUGCUGGGCCCCCUUCACCACCUACAGCCUUAUUGCUACAUUUAACAGCCACUUUUAUCACAAGCACAACUUUUUUGAGAUAAGCACCUGGCUCCUUUGGCUCUGCUACCUCAAGUCUGCUCUGAACCCACUCAUCUACUACUGGAGAAUCAAGAAAUUUCAUGAUGCGUGUUUAGACUUAGUGCCCAAGUACUUCAAGUUUUUGCCACAGCUACCUGGUCAAGCUAGAAGACGUAUCCGACCUAGUGCCGUAUACGUGUGCGGGGAGCACCGGUCAGUAGUGUAAGCCUCGUGGCAAAUGGACACUUAUUCUUUUCUGAUGUAUGCCUGUUUUAGUGGGGUUUUUUAAAUGGCCUCUUUAGCUGUCAGAUUUAUAAUUUUUAGAAUUCACAUUCAACUUGAAGAAGGAGAUAUUUCUUGGGCUUUUCUACCAGAAUGUAACUAUAUUAUAUUGUUGACCACCCACUAAAGAAGUUCUGUAUACAUGGGGAAGGAAUUGUGUGUACAGGGCAAAGCUUUCUUUUGCAGUGACUUUUGCUGCUGAAAGAGAUUGGUUGAAAUGCCAUUUUUCUCUUCCACAGACAGGAGCUGCAAAAUGCAAGCUUCAAAGAAUCCCUCUACCAUUUGCACAUUUAUUCCCUCCAUGUAUAUGUAGCUCUUUAUGGAUUGUUUGCCACUGCCUCCCUGGUUCUGUGGUAGAAAGGAAAACGCAUUUUGGAUGUACAUCAGGUGAUCUUAAAACACUGCUAACAUUUCGUUUCAUUGUAGAUGUUGUUAACGCUGCUAUUUUAUGGUACAUUUAGAUGAAUACUUAAUAGGCUUUUUUUUUCUUCAAGCAAUGUUGCUGCAUAGAUGAGCCAAAAUGUUUGCAUUUAAUUAAUUAUUUGCAAGAGUUGCGGUAACAUUAAGGGAAAAAACCACAUUCAUGCACUUUAAACAGAACUGGGUGGAGGGAAGUGAGGGGGGGUGAAGAAAGAUUUGGUAACCUUUUACAUUUUUGUUUCUUUCUGUGAGGUUCUUAAUUCUUCACCAGCUUUGCAGUGUUUCAGAAUGAUGCUAUAACAUACUUUGUUUUCAGAACUAUUUUAUAGUCCUUUUUGAGUUUACUUGAACGUCAGAAGUAUGUAGUGCAAAUUUAUUUAGAUGAAGACACUUAAGUAACACAUUACAAUCCAGAACAAUUAAAGUGCUUUAAAUCCUUCUAAAGCCAAAAGGAAUUAAACUGAAUUCCAGUUAUUUAAAACACA